GCACGGGGGGGGGGGGGGGGGGUGCAGGAGUAUGUAACACACACACACCCUUCUUCCUCCUUGACUCCCUCUGUCUCCUCCCUUCCCGCACCGCCCUCCCGCGCCCCCCAGAGAAGACUGAAGGAAGAGUGAUUCUCUCCGCCCGCCCUCCUUCGCCAGCACUGGGCCAAUCUGACUCCCCUCACUACUACUCCCCUCAACGAGGGAGGGGAGUGGAAAGCGGCAGAGGAGGAAGGGGGCCAAACGAGAAAGCGGAGCUAGAAGUACUGAGGUGCCGGGGAGAGUGUAGGAGAUGAUGCCUCGGCUCCUCGGGAAAACUGGGCUUCUCGGCUUUGUCCUGCUCACGCUGCUGCUACCCGCCGGGAGAGGGCUGCCCCUGAGAAAGUUCCCGGGAUCCGAAUCCGGCCUCCCGGGGCCCCGGGACAGGAGCCACCCCAAGCCAGCUGAGGUUUCUACCUCACCUGGUCCCAGGUUACCCCAGGAAGAGGAGGAGGUGCCACUGUCCUCCAGUACCAGGAACCAAGCUGGUCUCCGACGACAUAAGCGCCGUGGCAUAUCCCAACCAAUGAACCCAACCCAACAAAGGCCAAAGGAUGGUGAACCCCCUACUACCCAGGAAACUUCUCCCUUCCUGUUGGAACUUCAGAGCCUUCCUGGGUUGGCUGAUGUAGACCUCAGUGCCCAAAACCCCAACAUCCAGGUGACCAUUGAGGUGGUAGAUGACCUGCAGGCUGAGAUGGAGAUGGACUUGUUGACAGAAACCAGUGAUUACUGGUCCUUGGGCUCCCCCAGCUGGCUUCCUGCCAAAGAGCUUUUCUGGCCUCUGUUCUGGGGCUAUUCAGAGGGUAAGGAGGGAGGAUCUGGGCCCCAGCCAGAGGGGAAAGCCCUCAAAGAGGAAGAGGGAAAGGAGGAGGCCAGUGAAGAAGACUAUGCUAUAGAGUAUGAGGAGGAAGAAGAUGAAGAUGAAGAGGGAGAGCCUAUGCUGAGUGGAGUAGGAAGCAACUGGAAUCAAAGGUGGCCAACACCAACAAAGACUUGGGACUUCAUGGAGAAAUACAACUAUGAUUAUGAGAUGGAAGAGGAAUGGAGCCCCUGGUCCUCUUGCAGUGUCACCUGUAGCAGUGGCACUCAGAAGAGGACCCGCUCCUGUGGCUAUGCCUGCACAGCCACAGAGUCUCAAAUUUGUGAAUUGCCUAGAUGCCCUGGAACAGAAAGCAAGACAAGUUUUCCCAGUGAGGAUUGGCUGCCGGAAGUCCAAAAUGACACCCAGAUGCUUGGCUCAGAUGUGGACAGCUGUGAGAAGUGGCUAAACUGCAAGAGUGACUUCCUGGCCAAAUAUAUGAGCAAGGUGCUGACAGACCUGCCCAGCUGCCCAUGUGCCUACCCUCUGGAGGCUGUGUACAGUGCUGUGAGCCUUCCUGAUGAGCAGCAAGGCAGAAACUUCAGCUGGAGGGAUGCAAGUGGCCCCAAGGAGCGUCUGGAUGUCUAUCAGCCCACUGCCCGAUUCUGCCUGCGCUCCCUCCUCUCCUUGGACAGUACCACACUGGCUGCCCAGCACUGCUGCUAUGAUGAGGGCAGCCGACUGCUGACUCGUGGCAAGGGGGCUGGCGCACCUGACCUCAUCAGCACCGACUUCUCCCCAGAGCUACACUUCAAGGUGGACACAUUGCCUUGGAUCCUAUGCAAAGGUGACUGGAGUCGUUACCAUGCAGCGAGACCUCCAAACAAUGGGCGGGCCUGUGCUGACAACCCACCUGAGGAGGAAUACCUGGCCCAGUUACAGGAAGCCAAAGAGUAUUAACCAAGGGGUCAGGGAGGCCCAAGAAAUGGAGGAUGGAUGGAGGUGUGGCUUUGUCUCUGGUGGCUGGAUCAGAGGUGAUGGGGGUCCUGUUGGCUGCUGCCUAGGAAUAUCUGGAAAAGGGUAGGAUAAGAACACGUCACAACUGGGGUAUCUCUGCCAAGAUGUUUCAUGGGGGAUGGUUUUCCUGGGCAUCUCUGACCCUCUCCUGUUUUCUCCCAGGUUAGUGGAGUGAGAAGUCUCCCUGAAGGAGGGAACUUCUCGAUUAAUUGGCUUUACCUGUCACUUUCUUGUUUAGAAUAAGGAAGGUGAUCGAAGCACCUGUGUGUGUGUAAAAGUGUGUGAAAGAGGCAGAAAGGAACAGUGAAUGAAAGGUAGGUCUUAGAUCAGCACAUUCUUGGUUUCUGGGUAGAAAGAGUGGGGCAUGUCAUUCAAAAAACCCUUAAAAGUCCUGUGGGUUCAGUUCUCUCUUUUCCCAACAACUCUUUUUCUUGCUCCCCAGAAAGGAGACUUUUUUUUAAAUUUGAAGGCUGUUUCCCCUUCAUUCCUAGCUUUCUGUGUCCUCAUCACAUCAGUGUGGGCAUAAGCUUUGAUACAGUUAACCAAUCAAACUCCAUUUUCCUGGGGAAAUGUUAGGAGCUUAAGUUCUGCUCCCUGGAUUGAUCUUAGGAGUGGUUCCAUGGAUCCUAGGAGUGGCUCAGUUGAACUAGAGAAAAGCGCCCUCACCUCCAAGGACUCUCUGAGGAUCCAGGAAUGAUUGAGAGCCAGUUGAGGACCCAGUCCCUUAGAUUUACCCAACUCUAUGUCUUCCCUCUCUUCUUUUCUGAGGUGUCUGAGCAAAUAGGACAGGUGAACAUUAUUGCCACUGCCAGACAUCUCUGUGACACUCCCUUUGGGUUUAAUCCACCCUGGAAUGGGGCACAUACCUCAUUCACUCUCCCCAUCCCUCCCCCAGGAAUCUUCAGCCCACAGAGUGCUCUGGUAGAUUCAUGAACUACCCACUUGUGUCAUAAACUCUGUAGGUUGAAUCAUUGGGAUCCCACAAAAGGCAUUAAGGGCAGAAACAGGUGGGUGGCCUCAAUGUGUUGGGAAGAGGAAAGAUAAUAAGAACUGGAUUGAUUGGAUUAGGGUUAGGGAAUUGUACCCAGUCAGUCAAGAAGAGAAGAGGUUAUUCAUGCUGAUCCCAACCCAAUCUCACUCUCAAAAAGGGACUGUGAAAGCCUGAGUGACUACAUGAUUGGAUGUCAGAAUAGGGCAGGAUUGAAGAAGAGUGGAUAGGUCUUACAACUAGCAUGGGGCUAGAGUUAAUUUAGAAAGGUGCAACAAUUUCUACUCCACACCCCUAAAAGUCCCUCACCCACUGUUGUCUUACUCCAGCUCUAUGUUGCCCUUCUUUUCCAUCCUGGGUUACAAUGUCUUGUAGCUCCUCUCUGUGAAGGGUUAAUUAACUCUUGUCCCAGCUGUCACUCAUUACCAAGUUCUCUGGAGGGUAGGGAAGAGGGCAAAGGAGACUAAAUGAACUGUAAUGAGAUCUUUCUGGAUCUUCAGCAAUAAAAGCACUUUAUUUUAAA